AUGGCCCUGCUACCUCCUCAUCCUCUACCAGAUGUACUGAUAUACAUGCCCAUUUCUUUUUCUGUACUGGGGCAGCUGGUACGGGUGCUGGUUGGCACUGGCACGUGGGGGUUCAUGGAAGUGGAGCCACUGUGGGGAGGUGGCGCCGCAGUGGAAAGCAGGCUUGCUGUGGUGGAAGGUGACCACAAAUCUUUUACGGAGGUUGACGCAGAUUUCCAUGCUAGAAUACCAGUGGUGAUGUGCAGAGAAAAGCAAAGUGGCCUUAUUUGUAAAGUGAGUGCAGGGAAUGAGAAUGCUUGUCUGACAACAAAGCAUUUGACUGCGAUUGGAAAAUUGGAACCUACUGUAGUACCUUUAGUGAUUGCCUUCAGGUACUGGGCAAAGUUGUGCUGUGUUGAUCGUCCUGAAGAGGGAGGCUUGUCACCUUAUGUGUUCGUGUUAAUGGUUAUUUUCUUUCUACAACAGAGGAAAGAGCCUUUUCUGCCUGUCUAUUUGGGAUCCUGGAUUGAAGGAUUCUCAUUAAACAAAUUAACUAAUUUUCGUCUGAAGGAAGUAGAGAACGAUGCUGUAGUUUGGGAGCAUAGCCCCACUGAUGAUUCUGAUUUGCCUCAAGAAACUUCCCCUAGAAGCGGCAAGGUUCCCUUAGUGUUUGAUUCAGGGCAGCGGUGUUCAGCACUUGCUGGUCAGCUCUGGGUAGAACUGCUUCGUUUCUAUUCAAAGGACUGGCCUAAAAAGCGCAUUGCUGUGGAAGACCCAUAUUCAGUCAAAAGGAACGUGGCAAGAACUCUGAACAGCCAGCUAGUGUAUGAAUAUAUUCUCCACUGCCUGAGAGCAACUUACAAGUAUUUUGCCUUGCCUCACAAAAGAAGGGGAAGAUUGAGGAAAAAAUCUUGUCCAAAUACCAGUGAGGAGAAAUCCCAAAUGCUGGACCAUGGAAAAGAUGUUAUAAAGCAUGAAAAUUCUGAGUUGCAGAACUUGGAUGGUAGAACAAACACAGCCAUAGUGGAAGAUUGUAUAACAGAGGCUACAGCUAUGUCCCAGACACAUAGAACUGAUCCUUCAGAACUGUGUGAUGUCUCGGAAAGCUUCACGGAAGAACAACUGGCUGAUGAUAUAAGUCAUUUGGGAAUUGUCUAUGAAGAUUCAGACUGUAUAAUUGAGGAGGUUAUUUCUGGAGAUAAUGAGGACUAUAAACCAAGUUGUGAAGAGACAGAGAGUGGAAAUGAAGAGGAAGAGGAGGAGGAGGAGGAAGAGGAAGAACAUCAACAACAACAAAGAAGGUGGAAUAAUGUCCUGACUACUGAGCAGGGAAUAGAUGAAGACAGUGAUAGUGGAGACCUUUCUGUUCAAGUGAAUGAGCAUGAUAUGGAGACAUGUCGUACUUCCGACUUCGAAAGUUUCCAAAAUUCUGCACUUACAGAGAGUGAUGAGUGUGGCUUAGAGUGCAGAGGUAUAAUGGAUGACAAGAUGGACAUUGACGAGGAGAGCACUGAAGGUACUGAUGAACUGGAUGAAUCCCCCCAAAAAUUCGUAUGUUUACCAGAGAGUCAAAUAUCCCAAAUGAUUAAUUCAGAUGAGGAGGAGGAAGAACCAAGUCUUCUAAACCUGGCAGAUUGUGAUGUUAUCCUAAGGGCUGGAAAUGAACUGGACAACACAUACACUGGAUCUGGAGAUGAUGAUGCCCUGUCAGAGGAGGAGGAUGAUUUUUCCAUCCCACAUAAAUAUGAGAAAAAAUAUUUUGAAGAGAAUGUGGAUGGACUUCUGAGGAUCAGUUUGAGUCUAGAGGAUCUUACUGAGAAAGGAAGCCUCUUCGAAAAGAGCACAGCAACAGAACUGUGCUUAGAAUCUGAACUUUUUUAUGAAUUCAGUAAACCAGCUUUUACAAAGGGCAAGUCUCCUACAGUAGUAUGUAGCUUGUGCAAACGGGAAGGUCAUUUAAAGAAGGAUUGUCCAGAAGACUUCAAGAAAAUUGAGCUUCACCCAUUGCCACCGAUGACACAUGUAUUUUCAUUUAUUCUGGACCAAGUUUGUAUCCAGUGCUACUAUGAUUUUGCUCCAACUACUCUUGAGGAUCAGGUUCGGGAAUAUAUAAGACAAAACUUGGAAAACUUCAUUAGACAGGAUUUCCCAGGAACCAAGCUGACGUUGUUCGGGUCAUCAAAAAACGGCUUUGGCUUCAAACAAAGUGACCUUGAUAUUUGUAUGACGAUCAAUGGGCUGGAAACUGCUGAGGGUCUUGAUUGCAUCAGAAUCAUUGAAGAGUUAGCAAAAGUUCUCAAGAAACAACCAGGUUUAAGAAAUGUCUUGCCUAUAACAACUGCUAAAGUCCCGAUUGUCAAAGUUUUUCAUGUCAGAAGUGGCCUUGAAAUAGACAUCAGUUUAUAUAAUACGCUGGCCUUGCAUAACACACGACUCCUGUCAUCAUAUGCAGCCAUUGAUCCUAGAGUAAAGUAUCUGUGUUACACCAUGAAAGUCUUUGCGAAGAUAUGUGACAUUGGAGAUGCAUCUCGAGGUAGCCUUUCUUCUUACGCAUAUACUCUUAUGGUGCUUUAUUUUCUUCAGCAGAGAAAGCCACCUGUCAUCCCUGUUCUUCAAGAGAUCUACAAAGGCCCAAAAAAGCCUGAAAUUUUAGUUGAUGGCUGGAACGUUUAUUUCUUUGAUAAGAUAGAGGAGUUGUCAGUUGUUUGGCCAGACUAUGGCAAAAACACUGAAUCUGUUGGGCAGCUGUGGUUGGGACUUCUCCGUUUCUACACAGAAGAAUUUGAUUUCAAAGAACAUGUCAUCUGCAUUAGAAGAAAAAAUCUGCUUACAACUUUCAAGAAGCAGUGGACCUCCAAAUACAUUGUAAUUGAAGACCCCUUUGAUUUGAACCACAAUCUUGGAGCUGGAUUGUCAAGAAAAAUGACCAAUUUUAUAAUGAAGGCUUUUAUCAAUGGCCGAAGGGUAUUUGGUACUCCUAUAAAAACGCUUCCUAAAGAAUAUCUAUCAAAAAUGGUGUACUUUUUUGAUCCAGGGAUACUAACGGAAGGAGAAUUGGCACCAAAUGAUAGAUGCUGCAGAAUUUGUGGCAAAGUUGGCCAUUUCAUGAAAGAUUGUCUCAUGAGAAGAAAACUUAGACGGCGUCGUGAUUACGAAGAUAGCAAAAACCAGAGGUACACAGAGAGCAAGGAGAAAAGAAACAAAGAUGACAAAGAAACUCUGAAUAAAACAACAGAAAAGGAGAGCUCAAUCAAGGAGGGGAAACUGCAUCUGUGUACACCUCAGAAGAGGAAACCAGCAAGGGUAAUAGUGGAAACUGGAAGAGAAAAGACUCCCAGGCAGUCAGCAGAGAAGUGGAAGCACCUGGAAGACAGAGAAGUAAGAGAAAAACGUUGUUUCAUCUGUGGAAGAGAAGGUCAUAUUAAAAAGGAGUGCCCACAGUAUAAAGGAGCUGCAGGUGGUUCAAAACCAGAAGUGUUGUGUGGAUCCCCUUCUUCACCUAGCGCUGCCAAACACACUGGAAGAUUAAAUCAGGGAGUGCUCAUACAUGAGGAAAAAAAGAAACAAAAAGGAAAAGUAUUCUUGAGUCCCCAGUCAGGCAGCCUUUCCAAUAAGUACAUGACUCAGGGAAAAGCCUCACAGAAGAGGACCCAACAGGAAUCAUGA